GUCGUGUCCAAUAUGGCGUGCGUGUCGUGAGCGAUGUUAAUGUGUGCAGGUAGCCUCCUGCUCUUAUUAGUUGGACACAUUUUCCUGCAAAUAAGGAGAACAAUGUAAUCAACAAGAAAAUAAUAGCAAAACAAUGUACAAUGAACUACAGUGGAAAUAUGCCAGAUUGGCAUCAAUAUAAUCCCUCGCAAUCAGGAAUAAACGACGUAACAUCUACUGCUCAAAAUGUCAAUUCGGGACACUUAUCGUUUAUUUCUAGUAUUAGUCCAACCUGUCCGACACAGUUGAGUAGUUUGAAUCUCAGUUCUGAGGGAUUCGAGAAACAUCAAAGCGAUCCUAAUUUCAAUCCAAGGCAUUUCCAGCCACAUCUGGCAAGUAACAUUUCGCAUGGCCACAAUGCUGCUGCUGACAAUACCCCUCUGGCGUCGAUGGUACAAAUGCAAAAUUGCAUUAGUCACUAUGGACCUUCGAAUACAAGAAAUCCCAUGGUGGAUAAUCCUAUGGACCCAAGAAAUGCCUCGAUAGGCGGUUUGAAUGAGGAACUAGGCUAUAGAAACAAUCAGGUGCCUUUAAAUGGGCCUAUCUCGCAUAUGAAUGGACCAAACGUAAUGAAUAUGAAUGCACCACCGCAUGGAUCUAUAGGACCACGAAACACUAAUGUGAAUUCACAUGCCGCUAACAGAACGGCAGGCCCACCAGGUCCUCCGCCACCAUCCUAUGUUCCUUGCAAGGGAUUGUGUUGCAAUCCAGAUCCUAAUAUAGGUUACCAGCAGUGGGAAAAGUACUGCUACCAGAACAACGCGACUUAUAGAGAGAACAUUCGUUCGUCCGCCGGAUAUCAAGCGGAUGCUCGACGAUUCAACAACGAUUUCAACUUUAGAAAGGAUAAUUUCGACGGAAAGGAGGUUCUAUCGUCCGUCGUACCACCGUCUAACGGACCUAAUGCGGAUCAUCGGAGGAAUUUUUCCGACUUCAAGUAUCGCAAGGAUCGUUUGCUUUCGCGAAACUACCCGCCUUCCUCGGCUAUGUUACAGAAUUAUCCUAUGCAAAACUACAAUUACACGGGAGAGUAUCAAAAAUAUCCCUACAAUGUUAAAGAAUAUCCCAAGAUGAGCGGUAUGAAUGUACCGAAUCAGGGGAUGGUUAAACAUCAAGAGCAAGGUUUCGUGAUACCUCAGCAAAAGUACAACAGUAAGCAGGUGCCGUAUCAAAACAAUGGCGGCGCUAUGAUGCCGAGCAACAUACCGUCCGCCACGAAUGUGCCGAAUCCGAACAUGAUUCCACCCGCGCAGAAUACCUACUUCAAUUCGCAAUACCCGAGGAAUAUACCGACCGAGAAUACACACGACUGUCAAGAGACUGCCACCGACGUAUCCAUGAUAAAUAGAAUGCAGGCGUCGACUAUGCAUGCCGUUCCCCAUCAUCGAUAUCAGAUAUAUCAGCAGAAGGUAGCGAUGCAAAGAUUCUCGAUGGAAAAUCAUCUCAAGGAGUUUUCGAGAAUACCUGGAUACCAAUCACAUCCCAAGUAUAAAGAAUGCAUGCAGAAGUACAGAGAAAUACUGAAGUGUCAGCAAAACGUCACAUAUCAAGGGCCUAUUCAACAAACUCCGCCAUGCGCCACUGCGUCGACCGUCACUAAUACUUCCACUAUCCCACCUAUAAAUUUACAAUUCGAUCAAAACGGCGUUUUAAUCAAUUCCAAUUACAUGCCCGAAGCUUUUUCUAGAAUACAACAAGUGCCGCCGGUAAAUCCUCAAGCACCACUGGACAAUUCGGCGAAUAAGCAAGCAGGCAAGCAGGACAGUGUUCCAGAAAUGGCGAAUCACAACGUUCAAAAACCGGAGCGAUUGAUCUCACAGCAGCAUAAUAACGGUGACGGACUUGCGGCGACUGUUCUGUGUUCGGAAAACGUUCAGAAACAAGAUGGAUAUCCUGCGCAAAAGAGUCUCGAUCACAGCCAGUUUGAAAUACAGAAAACGGGAAGCGAAAACUUUAAUAACUUGGGUACAAACGCGGGCAAUACGACUAUACGACAGAAAAUGUCCAAAGAAUUCGCCGACAAGCCGGAAUUGGACGUACGACAGUUCCUGGCUAAUUGGGACGAGUCGGAAGAUGAGGAUGGCGCGAGCAACAACUUGCCAAGCGCUAUUUUGAGCGAAUCAACGCCAGUAGUGAUUGUGGGUUACGAGAAUGUGAAUCUGUCGGCGAAGACGUUGGAAGAUUUAAACGGUUCCAAAUCGGAAGAGAUCGCUUCGAACGUGAUAACAUUCGAGAAUCAAAAUAAGAACAGUAACAUCGAUGUAGUGCCCGCCCAGGAUUGUCUGACGAUAUCGUACUCGGCUGCGCAGAACCUCGAGAUGGCCAAAGAUUCAACGUGCAAGGAAAUCAUAUCGAAAGAAAAUAUCGUACGACCGGGAAGUCAUAUCAUACAAUGUAUAAGGAACGGGCCUGAUGAAGUACCAACAAUUCAUAUAGUCGAUAAUCUGGAGAUAGGUAGUAUUUUGCAGGUUGCUAACGGUCAAACGGUUGCCGAGACUCUGGAGCGGCAGGAAGCGGUGUCAUUCUUUCAGGAAGGAACAGAAGUCACAGCGAGCGCGAUAACUCUCGCGAUUGACAAGAAGACCGACAACGAGUCCGCUUCAACUGAAUAUAAUGCUGAAACGCUUGAAACGCUGAGCAAAGACAUCGUCGAAGGCUCCUCUCCUCCUAAAACGGUGGAGGAUACAUCGCAGACACGGGUAAACGACUCGGAAAUCUUGCCUAUAUCUAUAAAAGACAACAACUUGGACGUUCAAAACCUGAAUCUGAAGAAGCAGAACAGUUUUGCGAGCGAAGAAUCUCAUAACCCGGAUGACAUAAGUCUGCCGGAUCUGCCUACAUCCGAGUGCACUCCGAUCUCUACGACACUGAAUACGCCCAUUCAUUCCGACAACGAGGAAUCGUCGGAAUCUCAUGCCGAUAAUCUCACGAUACCAACGAAUCCGAUAGAAGUUAUACAGAACAGUCCCAUGCUCAGUUUCACGCAAUCGCCGACGAAUAGGGAACCUUAUGAUCAUUUGAGCGACGAGCGGAAUAAACCAAUCGAUUCUUCAGAAGGUGAAUAUCGAGCCGAAAAUCAUUUCAAAAACGACGCGAGCAAUAACAUGCUAAAUCACGAUACCGUUCUUGGUACAUUUGAAUUUUCCAAUAUUGAUAAGAACGACUCAACGAAAAACGAAAAGGAGCGUGCGAGUAUAAAUGAAAAUUCGAAAAAUAACAAUGAGAAAGCGUCCUCACCGCAUGAUGAAACGGAAAACGCGGAGACCGCCAGUAUGCGAAUGACUUUGACCUCUGCGGGUGAGUAUGAAUUAAAGAUCGUGUCAACAGGAACGCAGCAGACUAAGCCGACGCGGGAUUAUCAAAAUUCAACGAUCACCGAGCAUCGUGCGAACGAAUCUCAAGUUACCUCCUCGGCGGGUGCUCAUAAACAAUUACAAAUACUUCCGGAACCGAACGUGAAAACUACACUUCGAUAUGCUAAUUCAAUGGAAUUGAACAAUAUUGCAUUGCAAAAUAUUACGAAUGAUCCGGACCCCGUUGAACUUGAUGGUCAAGAUGUUAAUUAUUCCGAAAAGAAAUGUAUGUUGACUUGUCAAACAAUAACAGGUACGAUAAGUUUAUUACCGACAAACGAUAUCGCAUCGAAGAAUUCCAGACCAGCGGUAGAAGAUGAUUGUUCGACGAAAACUGUAAAAAAUAACUCUAUGUCACAGAGUACAAAACAUUCGAGUUUAAGCAGCGACAAGUCGAAAAAAUGCGAGACGGGCGAUAAAUUUGCGAAGGAAGAUUCCUUUUUGGAGAGAAAUGUCAACGGUAAUAAAGCAGCAAAAAUCGAUGCAAAAGACUCGAAAAAUUCUCGACACGGAUCAACACUUAUGGAUCAUAAAAAAUCAAUUUCAGACAAUCAAACAACUUCUCGCAAAAAAACAUUUUCGUCCGAAAAUACGGAUAAAUUAUGUAGCGAAACAAUUAUACAUCACAAUAAACAUACUCAAGAAGCGGCGACGCUCAAGGACAAAUCCUGUCCUGUCGAGAGCUUUAAAGAACCCGAUAUUUCACGUAAUAAACCAAGAAUAAUUGACAACGUUAAUAUCGACGAUAGUGGAGAAAGAAUGCGUCUUCUGAAGGAAUACAGAAAAAUGAAGUAUAAAACGCCUACUGUGGGACUGCAGAAUAAAAAUGAAGGUACACAAGAAGAUUCUGAAGCGAACAAGAAACUUAAUUCUUCGUUGAAUUCUGAAGAAAUGUUGCAAUCAAGCAAUAGGGAGCUAUAUCAAAAGGACAUAGCAAGACUGAAGUCAUCCGAGGAGAAAGCCCAAGAGAAGAAGCAUGCAAGUAUUUUGAAGACAUUCGUAACUAAGAAUAUAAAUCCCGAUUUUGCCAUUCAAGUUACAAAUGUCAAUUUAAAACGCAAGGAUAGUGAUCAAAAAGAAUCGCAGCAUUUAGAAGAAGAGACGAAGAGUAGCGGUCCCCUUGACGCGAUUAAAAUUGAAAUAAAUGUGUCGUGUACGGAACGAAAUACAACGGAGAAGUUGUUACACGAGAAUAUCAAGAAUGCUGUCGCUGAAACGAUCGGUCACUUGACUAAUUCGAUCUCGAACGGAGUUAGAUCUAAUUCGACAAAUAUAACGGAAAUUCAAUGUGACAAGAAAACAGUUUGCGAUAAAGCGGCGGAUUGUCACGAUUAUGAGAGACGCAAUCGAUCUCCAGCUGCUUUAACGGAAACAUCUACGUAUACUGAAAUUUGUGAGGAUCCAAUCAACACGGAAGUGGUCAAACACGAUGCGGUUAGCACCACAUACAAAGAAGACUCAACUAACGACGAAAUAUCCGGCUCGCUUAAGAAAAGACGAAGCUCGUUAGUGGAAGGAGAAUUAAUCGAUGAUUUAUAUGAAAAUAAAGGUAAUAUCAAUAUCGAAACUGAAUCAAAAUCAGAGCAGACGGUGAUUAGAAGAAGAAGCUUGCACGAAGAGUCAGACAGGAAGGUUAUUGCUAUCAAUUCCUAUAUCGAGGAAUUGAAAACCUCUUCGGAUCAUUCGCCAUGCGUGGGAUCAACAUCGAGGAAUGUCAGCGUUCAGAAGGAGCAUCAGGAAAAUACCGCUGCUUCUUUAUGCAGGAAUACAAAAAACUUCCAAGAUGAUAUUACAUCUAGAUUAAAUGCGAUUCCAUCGACUUCUUCGAAUACGAUGGAUUCAAGUCUGGAAAACGCCAGUUACAAUAAUUCUCUACAUUUCGAUUAUAACCACUUUGACGUUGCUCCCAACGAAAAUGCAGAUGCGAAUGCAAAACGUAUCGAUAAAUGGAAAAGGUCAAAGAAGGACGACGGUAGAUUCAACAAUUUUGAUCUAUACAAAAACGCCAGCGGUUACGUAAAUCCGACUUUCUCUAACGCGGACGAAUUGGAAAACUUAAAUAUAGUUCCUGUAUAUACCACCAAAGAUGGCAAGAUCACUUACAGUCCUAAUCCCCGAUUCACGUAUCGCGAAUUAAUCAUGGAAGCUCGCGCGAACGAGAGUUACGAUAAUACGCGCGAAUCGUAUUUGGCGAGAUCUCCAAUGUACGAUUAUUAUAACUGUUCCAAGAUGCGAAAGAUAUUCAAAAGAAAUCGCGACGUCGCUUCCAGUAGAAAAGCGAGAGAAGGAGAGAUUUCAUCUGCAAGACACAUUGAUCAUUUAUCAAAUAAAAAUGCUUACAAAAGCAAUCCUUGCGCAAAAACAUCCCGAAAUAUAUCACAUCUGGAAUUCUUCAAUGAUGAUGCGGACAAAUUGUACACAAACAGGAGCAGUCAACAAGAGAGCAAAGAAAAUAAUAGGAAGAAUAUCUUGGACUUGAGCUUUCUCGAAAAACAAUAUAAUCUGGACAAUGAAGCCGCAUCUAGCACUAAAUAUUGUAAGACGAAAGCGUCAACGGAUAAUCUCGCGUACGAGAAAGGACAUAGCGAGAGCUCUGUACUUGAUUCGAAUUUAUUUCUACCACCAAAACCGCCUUGUUGGGAAGAGACAAUGGAAUCGAUUAAAUCGUAUUCGUCCCAUGUCGACAGGAGAAACAGUGAUAGUGCUAAGGAAUUAAAUUUCAGUGAAAUAUUUGCCGCACAGAAACGGCUGGAUUCUUUCCUAUUUUUGUCGACAGAUCAAGAUUCCUCCGACAACAGUAAUCGCAAGGCAGUUUCUACCACGACAAACGAGACAAUAAUGCAUCGCCUUACAUGCGACUUUACUGAAGAUUUAGAUUCAAUCCGGAACAACGAUUCACAGUGCGAACAAUUAGAUAUUGCUCCUCAUAAUAAAGAAGAAAAUGAGUGUAAUAAUCAGAACGAUACGUUAGCAAGAGGCAUAAAUAAUGAAUCAGCAAAUAUAUUUAAUAUAUCGUUGAAUAUGCAAAGAAAUGAUGAAUACGCAAAGAAGCAAGAAUGUCAAUCCGAUGAAAUUAAAUCCAGUGAUUUGCUCAUUGAACAAUCUUCUCCUAAAGUAAUAGAUGAAAAAAUUCACAAAGAGCCAGAAAAAAAUCAGUGUUCUAUGAAUAAUGUAAAAAAUAUGGAAACAUUAACAAAAUCUCAAUUAAAAGAAGAUGAUAUUCAAGUUUAUUGUACACCUGCUUCUCCAAAGGAAGAUAAAUCCAACGAGAAUGCAAAUGAGAAACAAGUUUCAAGUGAAAAUUGCAUUGAAGUCGCAAGUCCAUUCAAAUUGAAUGCAGAAUCUAAAAAUAUACUCGAUGAAUCAAAGUGUACAGAUACUGUAAAAGAUUUUGCGCCUACUUUAAAUAAACAAGAUGAGAUCAAUGAUUCGUUGAAGGAUAAUUUGGAGUCUGUUGUAAGUCAAGAAAUUCUAUAUCAACAAGAUUCGUCGGCUCUAAUCGAUCGCAAAGAUAGUGAAAAAGUUGCGCCUGCAAUAGAAUCGAAUAUUUCGACGGAAAUCGACUUUAAUCAAUCAAAUAAACAAGAUGACGCGGAAAAUUCUAAAGUAUGUAAAUUAAACGAACCGAUUAUCGUGCAAAAUUCAUCCGACGUCAUACCUAUAGAGCAGUUACAUAACGAACUAGGCAACGAGCAGCAAAAGUUGGAAAAUGAUAGAGAAAGAACUGAAGUUUUGUCGAAGGAUCAGGAAAAUGACGAGGUAGAUCAUUGUAACACCGCCAUAACAUCUACGCCAGCUGUUGCUUUGGAUUUAUCUGCGGGAGAAAAUGUGUGUGAUUUAUUCGCGAAUGAGAAACACAAACAAAAUAUAUCUGAAUUUACUGUCAUCAAAAGCAUUAUUAACAGCGAUGAGAAACAAUUAAAAUCUCAAGAAUCCGGAACGAAAGAGAAUCUCGGAGAUUGCGACAUAAGUCUUGACUCUAAGUUAUUGUGCAUAGAUUCUUCUGAUUGUGGAAUUUACGCGGAGGACAGAUGCCCUCUGACCCAGAUGUCCGAACAUGAUUUCACCGAGGAAGAUAGCAUAGUGCCGAUGGAAUGGGAGACAAGCCAGAUUCAGGAAGACGCCGUCAAUCGUUUAUGCAAUAUCGGCGAAUCAUCGAUGGAUUUUAUGGGCGCAGCUCGUUCGUUACAGGAAACUAACUCAUUGUUAGACAAUCUGUCUCUUUCGAGGACAUCGGUCAUCAAAGAGUCUCGAGUCUCGGAAGCGAUCGACGAGAUUACAAGCAAGCCGAAUGACGAAUCCGAUAUGUCAGCAAUCGAAUCGACGCCGAUAAUCGAGGAGUCCAAAACAACACCGACGAGCAACGAUGAGAACAAGGAGCAGGAUCAAGUUUCUUCCAGUGAUUAUGAGAAAAUGACGUAUUUGCGUGCGACAGAUUGCAACGCUAAUACAAAAAUAGUCCCUAAACUCGUCAUCAAGAAGAGCGAAGCCAGCUCAAAGUUUGUCACAAAAAUGAGUUCAUCUUCCGUUAUACAGAUGGAUAAUAAUAUUAUUAAUAAAUCGAUUUUCAGGCCAGGCUGUCAACCGAAGAUACCCAAAAUGAUCAUCAGAAAUGCAAGAUCUCGCCCAGGUACACCGUCCAUCGAGGCUGUUCACGAAGAAACUCCUCCUGUUCAAGCAAAUACUUUGGAUCGAAUUCUAUUUACAAACGAAGAAUUAUAUAUGAAUGAUUCCGAGGAUUCUCUGCAAGAUUCAAGUAAUUAUAGAAACAAGAUUCCCAAAAUGAAGAUCAAAUUGGAUGAAAAGAAUUCUAAUAAGAUAGUGAGAAGCGAGGAUACGGAGGUUUGCAUUAAACGUAAAAGCGUAAAGAAAACCGUACCAAAGGUAAAGAUAAAAAAUCCUUCAAAAAAUGAUCUGUCGGAUAACUCGGUCUGUAAUAAUACAAUUUCUCAAGAAUUGAAAGAUUCAGGAAGAUAUGAGGAAAAGAUACCGAUAUUAAAAUUGAGGAAGCAGGAGAGAAACAGAUCACCGUCUCCAGAAGUGACGCGGAAGAGACAGAGUUCAUGUCACCCGGAAGUACCGUUAAAAAAAUAUAAGAAAUUGGGACGUGACGAGAUAGGACACUCUACGAGACGUAGUAAUUCAUCCGACUCGAUGCGAACGAUCGCUCCGGAUCAUGAAACAAAAAAGAAUCCCUUGAUACGCAUCUCUGAAAAGAUUCCCAAAGUUAUUAUUAAGAGAACAUCCGCUAGUGCAGAAUUUAAGUGCGAACUAAGUAAGGGUUGCAAGAACGUUAUCGCGAAGAGCGCAAAAUGGCAACCAGAAGUCAAGCUAGAGAGAUAUCGGAUCCUGGAUAGUAUGGUGAAGGAUUUAAAAUUAUCUUUAUCUCCUAUAUCAAUGCGAACUAUAGAUGAAAUAUUUUCAAAUCGCAAACACGGCUAUCAUCGGGAAAAGAAAGACGAUCAUAAAUUAUCCAGAUCGAAUUCGACGUCCGAUUUGCUUCCGGUCAAGUGUAAACAGAGAAGAAUGUCGGAUUACGAUUGCAGAAAAAUCAACGAUACUUUAAGUUACGCGUCAACGCAAGAUACGGAUUCUAGGACCAAGACAUGCACCACGCCAAAGAAAAAUCGAGGUAGUAAAUCAACCGACGAAUUUCAAAAGGAUAAUAAACGUUCGAGAUCUCGCGAUAAUAAUUCACGAAGAGAAAUAGACGUUACUUUGUCCGAAAAGGAAGGCAAUCGAUUGUUUGAGAAAUCUAGCACGGAAAAAGCUACUUUACAUUGCGAUGAACACAAGUCUGACAGUUUUGUCAUCGAUCGCGAGCAAGUGGUGAAAGCAAACGAAGAUACGAUAUUCUCAAAUAAAGACAAGAAGAAUUCCAUCAAGCAAUCAAACGACUCUACAGACUUUAAACUCGCGUUAGAGGAAUUGAAAACAACAUCUAAGAUAGAAAGUUUCGUAAAAGUAUCUGAUGUAAACGAAUCACUUUCCGAGGAAGUCAAUCUGCGAACUAACGAGGAACAAAAGGAGCGAGAUGAUGAUGAUGAUAUUUUUUUGGAUAAAGAUGAUUGUAAUAAAAUCGUGAUAAAGAAGGAACGAUUGAGUAGCUCCGAUGACAUAGACAAUAAUUGCACUUUGCAGGAUGAUAUUGGUUCGCUUAAAGACGAUACCGCGAGCAUGUUGGACAAUUUUGAGAUGGAUAAAAACUCCGUUAUUAAAAUCGAGUCUUCGGAUGAGAGUCAAUCUACAAUAGAGAUUUUGCCAGCUUCGCCGAAUGGUACUAGCGAGUUGGAGAACAACAUGAUGGAAGAUUGUGACAACGAGCAGUUAUAUUCGGCAGAUGCAAUUCCGACUCAAUUCGAGUUGGAAUUGGAGAUCACAGAUAAUAGUAACACUGAUCUGCUGGAUGUAUUCAUGCCAAAAUUAGAUCCUAUCAGUGGCUAUUGUUCACGUCGUACAUCCAACGAAGAAUCUUGUGGCGAUAAAACGUUGAAGAUAACACGUUGCAAUAAAUUCGAGACUUCAUUUCACAGUAAGAGUUUACUCGCGAAAGAUAAACACGUCAUGAAAACUGACAUUAGUAGCGAUGAUAAAUCUGUGUUGGAGGAUAAAUUGGUUGGCUUUAUCAAGGAGAUUUCUUCGAAAUCAUCGUGUGAUAAAGCAGUAGCUUCUACCGUGACAAGGGACAAUUUCUGCUGCAAUGAUUCUUUGAUAAAAGAAGUUUUGGCUGCUAAGGAGACCUUGAAGAAGUGCCUUUCAAAAUCCAAAUGUGAAAGUCAGAACAAUGCAAGACCAAAGACAGCUGCGGAGAAGAAGCAGGGCUCGAGUUUUGAUCUCAAUAGUCUCUCAGAGACAACGCAUUCGAGUGAUGCUUCUUCUCAAGGCUGUAAUGAUAUUAUAUCUCAGAAGGACUCUACACCCGCGGCCAGUAACAAGACUGAGAAUAUACCUAAUGCUGAAAAGUCUGAUAAAAAACAUUCCAAACAAAAUAAAAAUUCCUUCAUUAAGAGAAAAAUGAAAUCACCCGAGAAAAAUGACAAGGCAGAUACCAAAGAAACGAUAGAAAACAUGCGUGAAUGCACUACGAUAUCCUUAAAAGCAUCCAAACGACUCGGCGAAGCCAUGUCAAAUGAGAGUCUAAUUCGUACUAUAUACUUGAGCGAGAAAAGAAAGAAAAACUUAACGGAACAAAGUGACAGUGUUCAAUUGCAAGAUUCACAACGGAGAGAGGAGAAUAAACUUGCGUCUUUCAAGAUUCCUAAAAUAUCGAAAUCCUUGGAUCAGGAAAGUGACACGAAUGGUAACACGAAGAAAAUUAAACCUACCAAGGAAGAUAACAUGCCGAUAUUGGAACCUGAAGUCACCGUAAAUUUUGAUGCGAAUUCCGAUAGAGAUAAUUCCCGAUCACCUCCAGUCAUCACGAUCCAGGAUAAUGAAGAUCUCGAUAUCUCAGAGUCCAAAUUAUUGGAUGACAAAGUCAUAAUGUCGAGUGAUAAAAUUGAGGACGAUACGAAGGAUGUUAAAAAAAGCGAGAUAUCUGUCGCUGAUUUCAUAACUCAAUUAGCUUAUCACGAGAAGGCAACGAUAAAGCACAGACGAUACUGUAAUUUGUGCGAGAGAUGGUUCCCAACAACAUCGCGGCAUCGACGGCAUUUGGCUGGAUACCAACAUCGUCACAUAGAAUUGACACAACGUAGAAGCAUUCACGCACUAUUCAUGCUCUUCACGGGCAAACCUUGCCCCAGAUUACUGCCGGCGAAUGUCGCGCGAAAUGAUUGCUCCGUAGGUGAAUUAACGCCGUUGCAAAUUGCAGUACAAGAUGUCACAAACAACUUCAAUUGUACACAACAAAGUCCUAGGAAGCAGAAUGACAUUGAUAAAUAAUCAGGAGUAAGUUAUACAUAUAUACAUAUACCUACAAUUACUGUGAUCAUAUUAACAUGGCUUACAGUGCAAUCUUCUAUAAACAUUAUUCACAAUGAUAAAAGAUGAUGCGAAUAUUUUCUAUCGCAGCUAGACUGUUAACACACGAUUAAUAGCUGCUACUAAUAGCGUCAGCAUCGAAAUUUUACCUGCUAGAUGGAACGCUUUGAAAUGUUUGCUGAUUUUUAGCUAAGUCAAAUCGAUGAAUAGGUCAUCAGUAACAGAAAGUUACCGGAGAGACAAUUCUAGCUCGCAAUUAGACGUUUAGCCAAAGAUUUUAGCAAAGCUAAAAUAAUACACGUUCGAUUAUUUACACUUUUCAGAAGACUUCGGUCUUUUAUUUGUACAAAGUUUUAUGAGUGAUUCAAACGCGCUGAAUGUGCUCACUGCGAAUUUUUAUUUAUAUUAUGAAGGUAUAUAUAUAUACACACAUGGAUAUAUAUACUUAUAUUUAUCAUUCCAGUUUGCAAAAGAUAUGUACACUGGCAACAUUACUAUUAGGAAAUGUAUACGGUUAAAAUUAUGUGAAAAUCUGCAUUUUAUGAUAUAAUCAUAUUUCUAAUGAUAGAGACGUUGUACAAGAAAAAAUGAAACAUUCCUAUAUUGUAUAGAGAUAUUAUAUGAAGAAAUUUGUGAGCUAUGGAACAACACAUAUAAAAGUGAUUUAUCUUGCAUAAUAGAAAGUUUAUAUAACUGUUUGCGUGAUUUAUAUAUAAAUGUAUAAAAU